AAAGAUCGUCAUGGCGAUAAUGAUCCUCAUAAACGUGCAAAAGAAAUAAUUAAGAAACUUGACAUUAACCAUGAUAAGAAAAUAAGCAAAGAAGAAUUUAUUCAAGGAUGUCAACGUGAUGAAGUCAUCGCUAAACUUCUUGCUCCUGCACUGUAA